AUGUUUUCCCUUCCAUCAUCGUUUUCUGCUCAUGAUUUGGGAACAACUGCAUCUUCUUCUUCUUUGUAUUAUCAAGGUGGUUCUUCAUCUAUAAAUAACGAUCAAUUGGAUGAUGAUUAUACAAAUAUCGGAUAUAGUGGAAAUGGACAAUAUGAAGAUGAUGAGAAUGAUUAUGAACCCGAAUCGGGAAGUGAUACAGCAAGUGAUACCGAUGAUGAUGACGAAAUUGCUGGAGCAAUUAUAAAACCAAUACAAGAUAUUGAUCAAAAUGACGACAUGUACCAUAUGAAUCCUCACUCCUCGAGUGUAAAAAUCAAGAAGAAACAACGUAAAAUUAGGGAAAAGAGAGAGGCAGAAAAGAGGGAGAAAAUUAUUAGUAAAUUAUCACGACCUGACCAUCCACAAUAUGAUCGAUAUGAAAAUUUCACUAGAAGUACAUUUAAACCAGUAAUGAAGAGAUUAAUCAAUAAUUCAACAUCAACUCCGUCAACCAAUAAGAAUGUGGAAAUUACAAUUGCAGGUAUUGCCAAGGUCUAUGUUGGCGAAUUAGUAGAAUUAUCCAAGACGAUACAGAAGGAAUGGGGAGAUGAUCCCUCUGAUCCAAUAGAACCAAGACAUUUACGAGAGGCCUAUAGAAGAAACCGAGAAAAAGAAAAUAAGAAGAAAAAGUAUGCAUUCCGAUGA